AUGCACCAGAUUUACAGUUGCAGUGAUGAAAAUUUAGAAGUCUUCACUGUGAUUUCUUCCAAAUGUGAGUACCACGCAACCAGAGCUAUUGCCAGGGGUUCAGUGUUUAUUGAAAUGGAAUGUUAGGGGGAAACCUUCAAAAUGGUAAAUUCGGAUGUGUGCUCACUGUAUUGUACUUGCUGUGUAGUGAUCUCUGAUUCCCCAACUCCUCCCCCCCCCCCUCCAUUCGUCCUUUCCUUGGAGAAAAUGAAAGCAGAAGUCUAGCUAGGCUAGGCAGUGGAAGUAUUUCUACAGAAACAAAUUGUGCAAUCGGUGUGCUUAAUUCCAUGUGGCUUUGUUCCUAGGCAUCCAAUAUUACCAUUAAGAUGAGAAAUCAUAAAGUUAGGAGCAUUGAAAAAUGAAGCCCUGAAUAGUUAAUAUGUAGAAAAUGACUCUAUAUGGCUACGACCUACUGGGUCAAAGGAGACAGCAUUUUCAAAUUUGUGUUCUGGGACUGAUUGUACAUUUAACCUUAGCAUUUACUUGUCACAAAGAGCAAACAUCAGACAAAGAUCAAUAUGCAUUCAGGAGAACAAUAGUUUUUCAACACCUUGUGUCCGAAGGGAGAUAGAUUUCUCAUGGGAAACUCUGUACGGAAAAGUGUAGUCUUAAUAUUUAUUUGCAAGCCCCAGUUGCUCUUUUCAGAUUUAUUAUGAUGAUGUUUUUAUUACAAUGCAAAUGAAAUUAUGAGUGGGAGCCCAAGCUUAUUAUCCUUGGAGUUCUUUCGUACUUGCGUGCGCGCGCACACAAAUAUCUUUAUAAAAAUGGAUUUUCAUUGUGUGGUGUGUUUUUUUCAAAUUACCCCCAAAUUUGCUUCCAGUUCCACUAUCCCUUUUACUGCUAAUGGGGUGCAAUGUUGAUUGUACAACCAAAGCCCCAUCUCACAGCUUCACCAAACCACUACACCCGUACCAGGAGAGCUUGGUUUGUUUGUGGAAAACACAUUAUGGGGCUGAGGGUCUUUAUUUUACCCCAUUCAUUCCAGAGAACCCACCUUACUUUCUAGGCCUGAGUCAGAAAACUGGAUUUUCUAUAGGGGCGUAAUGAUUUUCUGGCAGGGUUCCCACUAUUUUAACAUUACUUUAGCAGGAAGAAAUUCAACAGGAAAAGUUCUUCUUGGCCUGAAGAUGCAGGAAAAGCUAAUCUCAGUUGCAUAUCUGUCUGUUGCACAAUUGCUUAAAGGCAACAGUCUAGGCAAGGCAGGAGGGGAUGAGGGGCAACUCGAGCUUUGACUGAAAUAGGAAGGAUUUCAAAGUAGUUGUGUGGUUUUUUUAAUGGCCAAGUCUGGUUAUUACUUAAGGGAAUCGUUUGUAGGAGGUCAGGGCAGAAGGUGUAUUUGGGAGAGGAUAUCCUACAAAUCUGAUUUUGCAAGGAUGGGGGGGGGAGUCCCAGAAACGUUUUCUGCACAAGGCAUCAGCCUGAUAGGAUGAUCGCAUGAAAGUGAAGGCCCCUGUAGCUGAUAUGCAAAAGAAAGAAAUCUCGCUUGGAAAUUUGGCAAGUGAAGUUUUUCUGAGCCAUGCAGCACUAUAGCAAGGCAACCCCGUUUCACUUUACCUGUCUUAAGGUGUACCUGCUUGUAUCUGUAUCCUUCUGAAGGGCACUCUUCACAUACUUAGAAACACUUACUGACACAAGAUGUGUCAGUACCCUUCAGUACAUAAUUUGAUGGACCAUUUGACUGAUUCAGUAUCAAGCAGCUCCUUAUGCCUUUAUUUCAUGGCAGGCCAAAGUGAAUUGUCAGCUUGGCUCCCAUUUUCAUGAACAACUGUUUCUUAAGCAGCCUAUUCAAGAAGUAUUACCUCUGUUAGAACUUUUCCUCACUUUGCCUUUGGUAAGGCAAUUUGCUGCUUUCCUCGCCUGCAGAUGUACAGCAUUUUGGCUGGGGAGAUUACAAUGGGCAAGCUAAAAAUAUGCCAGAUGGAUAUUUAUAAAGCACUCCUUGCUACUUAAUCUGGAGCAUCAUUAAUGUAAUUAAAAACUGCAUUCAAAAAAGAAUGAAUAUGCAAAUAUUUUUUCAUUUUCCUCUGCUUUCAAUAAGAUGCAAGGAAAACUAUAUAAAGACUGCAUAUACUUUUACAUACACUUAAAAUCUUUCUAACACCUCUGUUUCGUUUAAACUUCUGUGACUGAUGCAUGUGAACCAUCACUUGCUCCAUGUAAUAUUAGCUGUUGCUUCCAUGGCUUUGUGACUGUACAGAGUUAUUUUAUUGAAUGACUAGCUGAUUAAAUUAAGAACCACCUUAAUGAUUGGGAAUGGAUACUGUUCUGAUUUAAGCUACAUCCCCAGAAAACAAGAGAUGGGGGCUCUCUCUUUUUGUGGCUAUUUUCAUCCCAGUUAACAGGUUGCAACAGAUCAGAACAACACAGAAAGAAAAUGCAAAGCAAAUAAGACUGAAAUCAGGAGCACAACAACAUUCUACAGAAUAAGCAGAACAAUUAUAUUCCACGAUUAAAAGUUUAACAGACAAAACAGCUUUUACUUGGUGCCAAAGUAAUGGGACCCACAUAUAGAUUGCUCUCAAGAAAGGCUUACCUGGUUGCCAGUGUUAUGCUUUUUUUAAACCCCCCCCCCAAGUUCUGAAUUUGAAUUGGUUUUAUCUCCUGUUUUAUUUCUAUGUACAUAUUAUACACAGACAUAUAUACACACACAUGUAUUUGUGUGUGUGCUAUUUCAACUGAAUGUUGUCAACCACUCUGAAUUAUUUUUUUAAUUUGAAAAAAUCUGAGUUCCAAGCAGAUAUCUCAAAUGCUGGAGGAGGGCAAGCCUAACACUCCUGACCCCACAACUUCUCUCAGCAAGGUCACUUUAGUCUAUCUUUGAUGUCACGCAGGGCCAGCUCCACUGCGUAGAGUCUCUGUGAAAUGGCUCUGUCGUGGAAUUGUAUUAGUGGGCUUCUCCUUCUUUGAGUGAGCCCUGGUGUGCUUAUCCGAUAACACCAGCGGAUGUUGGUAGAAGCAGCACUCCAAUUAGUGCCAGACAGCUGUGAGCCACCAUUUUAACUUCCCACAAUGCCCCACAUAUGGUGUUGCUGCAGAGCACUGUGGGAAAUUAAAAUGGCAACUCCCAGACCCAGUUACCUGGUACUGAUCAGAGUGUGUGGGGGGGAUAUCCACUGGAGGCAGUGCAGAGAAGCUUCUACCAGGUGGGACUGAGCUGCUCUCUUGGGAUGCUACAUUUUGACAAGGAAAGUUAAACAAUCUCUUCAGUUCAUGCUGAUGUUUCCAUUGUUUUUGUAGCAUGUAGCCCAGUCAGAAGAAAAGCCAAAAGUACUCAAUGCAUCCUGCCGAAAAAGGUAAGGAAACUGUUGCUUAUUAAAGAGGGUAUUUCUUGUCCACUGAAGCAGAACAUAGAUCUCUCAAGAUCAUGGUGUGGAACCGACAUAUGCACUGGUACAAAAACAAAACAAAAAAACCAAAACCCUGACAUGGUUCAUAAAUUGCAUGUAGGUUUUAAGGAAAUUUCAAAUGCAGCCUUUUAUACAACAAAAACAAAAUACAAAACCCACUAUUGGGAAUUACUGGGCAGAAGAGAGUGGACUUAAUCCUUCUGUCUGCAAAUGAUUUGCACCAGGCCAUUUUAAACAAGUUUCAUCCAUCUGGGCUUAAUUCUGGUUACAGAGCCCAGCUGCAUAAUAAACAGUCUAGAAGGGCAUGUGCAGAGAAAAAUCAGCUGACCAAGAGAGGUUACAUACCCCUACAUCCCAGCUUCUGACCUGCUCUCAUGUUUAUGUCACCUUGGCAAAUGUAAGAUCUGGGUGGAACAGGCAUCUGGCAUGAUAACACAACCACAAGCACAUAUCAACCUCAAGCACAUCUGAAAAUUGCAAUCUGAUCUGGAAGCCUCACAGCCACCAGUAUCUCCUAGAUGUAGUUGGAAGCAAGCUGUGUUGAUUCACAAGUGGGAAAGAAAGGCACUUGUUUAUGAGUUUGGGCAUCCAAAUAAGCUCCUGGAGCAAAAGUAAGUGACCCUGGUUCAAAUUAAUUGUGCUCCUCUGCCAAUAAAAUAAACCUGGGAACUGAUAUCUAAUGGCAGUAUAAACAUAUAAUAAAUAAAUUGGACAAACUAAAAAUGUGCAAUCAUACCAAUGAAUGGCAAAUAUAUAUACAACAUGAAGGGAGAUUUUGAGACCCAACUCCCCCCCCUUACAAUGCAAAAUAUGGAAAAUUAAUUCCUAAAAAAACUUGCCACUUUACCUGUUCUUAGCAGCCUGAGAUGAUAGGACUUAUUUCACCCUGGUAAUCUUCAUAGGUGCCCUUGUUUAAUCCCAGACAAGGCAAAAAUAGCAAGCACCCUUGGAUGCCUGCCAGAGUCUUUAACAGCAAUAGCACUUUGAGUGUGCCAGGGCAGGGUUAAGUGCUGCUCAGUCAUAUGACCAUCCCUGUGAAUUAACCUCAGAUGCCUCAACAUUAACCAUUUCCUGAUAGCAAUGAUGUUUUAAAGACUUUCCAUGUGUCUGGGGGAAUCCUACACAACCACUUUCCAGCAAAACAUGAGCAAACCAGUUUCUCGUUAAUUCUUUUCAUUUGCUAUUUUAAACGAGGGCCUCCCCAGCUCCCCUUUCUUAUGUCACAAGCCCCUUUAAAAUCAGUGAGGAGAAACUUAUGACGAGGGUGAGUCCUGCUGCCAAGGUGCACACCAUCACAGUAUGUAUUAACUGCCUAUCUUCUAAACUGAGAACAGUCCUCACCAACCUGAUGCCUCCCUCCAGACUUUUUGGGUCACAACUCCCAUCAGCCCCAGCCAGCAUUGGCUGGUGAAUUCACCAGGAUUAGUGAAACUGGGCUGGUGGGAGUCUCCAUCAAAACAACUAGAGGGCCCCAGGUUGGUAACGGUUGGGCUAGAACGUCCAUACUAUCAGAGGCAGGUCUAAGGGAACGCAAACAAUUUGGUUGCACUGGGCGUGGGAUUUUGGGCGUGCAACAGCCAUGAGGUAGAAUCAGAGGCCCCAGGUUAUGGAUGCCCAAUGGCGCCUGUGAUAAAAUAUGACAUCAUGACAUCAUGAGGUCAUGACUUUACAUUGCGGCAGUGGCUCUUUCAAGGCCUCGCAGGGUCUCAGAGAUAACAUCUGAGACCUCAUGAGACUUCCAAACAUGACUUCCAGUUUCUACCAGAAGUCAGAUUUGGAGGCCUGGCAGGGCCUCUGACGUCAUCUGGGAGGCUGUGUCGGGGCUUUGACAUGACUUCUGGUAACUUCUGUGGGUUCCCUGGCACCCAGGGCCUCCUAGACCUGGCACCUAUGGGUAGAAUCCAAGGCGAGUGGCAGGUUUUGGAAUAUGAAUAGAUGCUAGGAGAUGUUAUAUUUAUUACAGGCUUCCUCAAACUCAGCCCUCCAGAUGUUUUGAGACUACAUUUCCCAUCAUCCCUGACCACUGGUCCUGCUAGCUAGGGAUCAGGGAGUUGUAGGCCAAAAACAUCUGGAGGGCCGAGUGUGAGGAAGCCUGAUUUAUUAGAUAUUAUCUUUCCUACCCCCUGAUCAGCAGAGUGCCAUCCCUUUGCAGCUUAAAAGGAAGUUUAGCUAGGCUAGUUUUGUCCCUUUAGUUUAAGUAAUCCAGGAUGCUUUAAGGCAGAGUUGAUUUUCCUGGUAUUUCCCCCUUUACUCCCCCUUAAACUAACAAUCACACACAAACUGGAUUUGUAAAAGGUAAAAAAUAACAUAUACUCAGAAUACUUAUUGGACAGGAACAGAUACAGCAGCUUUGUUCAGACAGACUUAAAAUAGUAAUUCAGUUACAAAGACAUAUUUAAGUCUAGCUCAAAAUGUAGUCUGAGUUUGACGCUCAGACUUUGUAGGUGUCACAUUGCUGGCAGAGCAGAAAGAGAUGGAAAGAGGGUGUGCCCAGGCAGGUAGGAGGAUAUAUAGCUAUGCCCUCCCCUUGUCGGGGCACAGUGGGAGUGUCUCUCAGAGUUCUCUCUAGCAAGUUUAUAGGAAAACUCUGUGAGCUUCAGCUCCUAUGAUGUGCCCAGCUAGCAAUACAUGAAUAGUUGGUUUGACUGCAUUUUAAUUAUCUUACAGAGUGGGGCACUGAAUUUUGGCGUUGCACAGGCACUGCUGAAAUUUGAGACUCCAAGUUCCGCCACUGAUGCUAAUGAAUAAUGAGCAACAAUCCAACCAGAGUUAGGAACUUUUAAAUGUUGUAGGAGAGUUGAGGAAGUGCUUAGUCCUGUCUCCCAUUGACACUGAUGGAACAUUCUAUGAGUGAUUUUCAAAAUAAGUGCUUGGCUCAGUCUUCUAGAUUGUUAAGUUGUUGUAGUUUUCUAUAAUGGAGACAUUAAUUCUUUAAAUAAGCAAAAUAAUAACAGUGAAGCAAGUGAAAGACUUGCAUAGUACAAAUUAAUUUAGUUUUGGCUUCUGGAGCUGAAUUGGUUUUAGUUCCAAAAAAUUUUUUGCAAUGCAUUUGUGAUGCACAGCUUUCCUAUUUUCCUUCUCCUUCUUGUUGGUUUUAUCAGUAUUUUUUCUAUUGUUUGUAAAAGCCAGCUCUCCCUCAUUGUUUGUAAAUUGUAGUUGUUGGCUUAUUGAAGAAUAACAUGAAAAUAGCCACUGAAGGUGUUUAGCAAGGCUUUCUGCUACAGGACUCCACACAGCGCAAGUAGAAAAACUUGCCUGGCAAAUGGAACAAGUAGCUGCUGCUGAAACAAAUAAUAUCUUUUAAAAAUCAUAAAUCAAAUAUUUAGGGAGCUGCUUUCUAAUGCUACUUAGUUUGGAUGAGACUGUCAUUCAUCUGAAUAAUGGCCAAACUCACAUUAGCUUUUCUGAUACAAUUAGAAAAGAAAAGUGACUUCAAGAUAAUCCCAGAGAUUUACCUUGCGUGUUCAUAAUGACCUAGAGAAGCUUGAAAUCCUGUUUGGAUCUAAACUGUGCUACCACAGACUUGGCUUCCUGACCUACAUAAGUUAUCCCGACUUAUUACUGCAUGGCAUUAGGCCCACAUAUACCCAAGUGAUUUGGACAUAGUCUGUUUUCUAAAAAAGAAAAGAAAAUAGUAUUGGUAGUAAAUGAAACAAACACAUAUGGAAGAAUAAUGCAGCAGUAGUCUCUGUCUGUGUUAAUGGCAAGAUACUCUUGCUUCUCCGUUUGUGUGUGUUGAUAUCUCAAGACAUAGAAAUAAAGGUAGAUGUUGUACAACUUUCUCUUGAAUUCUACUGCCAAUAUACUAAUAGCGUCUCAUUGUUAUAAAAGAGGAACUAUCCUUGCAUUACAGGAGGAACAUAGUUGUCACCCCUCUGUGGUAGUUUCCUACUUCAGUAACAUCAGAACCCAUAAUAAUUGGGUCACUUAGGAUGGAUCAAAUGACACGGUCAUUUUCCAUAGCAACAUUGUCUGCCUUCAAGUAGACAGAACAAUACAGGCAUGGGACGUAGCCAAACAAUGACGACAACUUAUUUCUUGUACCCCGCACAUCUGACUGGGUUGCCCCAGUCACUGGGCAGCUCCUGUCUCUUCCACGUGAUCUGUUGGGUCUGCCAUGACCCCAGAGCCCAGCAGUGACCAGGACAAGUUAGAGGCUACAGAGUCAACAUUUGACCUGAUGAUGGUGAUCAGGAGACCACUGAAUCCAAAGCAGGCGGGCAGAAGCCUAUAAACUGGAUCCCACAGUAUCAGGACCCAUAGAACCAGGCCCAAGAUCCUCAUGGGUGCCUUACACUGGACCCAAGUAGUUUCCAAAUUAUAUCGUCAGUCCAAUGGUGCAGGAAGCACACUAGACAAUAUUCUCUUUUUCCUGGUUGGGAGAGAGGGAGAGAUUUCUCUGUCUAACCCUUUUAUUGCACACUUGCUAACUUUAAGCCUUUUAGAUAACUGUAGAAAGAUAGAGGAGUAACAUAAUAGGGUAUUACCUUUUCUGGCUAUCAGCUUAGUUACAGUUUUCAUAAUGAUAAUAUAGCAGAACUUUUAAUUAUUGUUUUAUGGGCAAAGAGGACAGCAAUGCUUAUUCUACACUAUAAUUACUACAGGUUAUGCAUAGACUCAGGCAUUGAAUCUAUACACGGCACAUGUAAUUAGCCUGUUUCACCUCUUCCCUGUAGGUGGUAGCAGUGUCUGACUAUCAUCUUCAGGGGACAGAGGAGCUGCUAUCACACCAAGGUGAUCUCAUUCAAGUCUUCUGCAAAGAUGAAGAAGGGCAGGCAUUCAGUCAUGUGCAGAACAGGCAGCAAGGAUUCUUCCCUAGUCCCUCCAAAUGUUCUGCAAGACACAGUAAGUCUCAGCAAUAUAUUUAGUACUCAGGCUUACUAACUGUCCAGAGGUAUGGCCUUGUAAUGAAAACAAUGAGCCCUUUGGUACUGAAAAGAGUUCUGUUUUUGUUUUUUGGGGGUUUUUUGCAGCAUGAGUCAAACACAAAACAUAUUUGAUACAGCAUUCAACUUUUGCAUUUGAAAAAGUCAAUGUUAAAUAAUAUUCUAUUGGGAGCCACCCAGAGUGGCUGGGAAAACCCAGCCAGAUGGGCAGGGUAUAAAAAUUUUUUAAAAAAUUAUUAUUAUUAUUAUUAUUAUUAUUAUUAUUAUUAUUAUUAUUUUACCAUUAUUUAUUCAUUCAUUAAUUCAUUCAUUCAUUUUUAUUAUUAUAUAAUGAGCAUUGCUGGUAACAAUGCUGCAGGAUGUAUAUUAGCCUACAGAAAAAGGAUCUGUGUGGAUAAUCCUGCUGUCCAUUUUAAUCAGAAUGGAAGACAGUUCCACCGUGAAAGUAUUAAGGAAGAAUAUCAGAGAAAUAUAUGAUGCUCAAACAUGCCUAUAGAAGGCAGAAUAUCACAGGAAGGAAUGGUUGUUCCUUAUCUCCACAGAAUAGGACAUAUGUUAUUGCAAGUGUCCUUUCCAACUCUACAAUUCUAUGAUUCUAUGAUCACACUUUCAAGUACUGUUGCCAAAGAGGUCACUUAUAUUUGAAAUACUGAUUUGGCAAGUGAGGUCUCAUAGCAAGAAGGAGUGUGUGAAAAAGCUACAUUUCCCUGUUAUUAAAUUUCCACCUCCACUCAGUGCUGCAGUUAGGUAAUUUUAGUUUCUGGUCUUUCUGGAGCCCCCUUUUUUAGAUUGUUGUGUGUGUCGCUUCAUAAUGUGGUUGGGAUCCUUCUGUUCAUUCUGCUGAGUGGGUCUCUGGACUUGUGCCUUAAUGUCCUUUUCUGAUGGCAUCACUGCCAUAACCAGUCAGUCUCAUUUCUGAGGACAAUGGUCCCAGGAGUUGGCUUCAGACAGCCUUUUAUAGGGUCCCACAGCCCUCCCACCUGGCCUGGCUGGAUUGGCCAGGAUUCAAAUAAGGCUAUGGCGGGAAAGCCCACCAAUCUCCAACGGCCGGACUGGGAUUCCUCACGAACAGCCACCUCAUCCUAGUGUUCCUUCCAAGGGGGAGGAGCCCAGCAUGAUGGUUACUUGUGACCAGGUAAGCAGCCAUUUUCAUUCCUUGGCAGCAUGUAUACACAUAUGGACAAAUGACCCAGAUGGCAGAGCACAGUCCACAUUCCAGUUCUCUCUACAGUACAUUUUACCCAAAGUUUCUCCUUUCUGUUUUUCAUUGCAGCUGGAAUUUCUAAACAAAGGUCAUUCUGCUAUAGCAGUAGCCUGCCAGAUGCAAAGACUUUGGUAAGUAACACAUACGUAAUAUAAAACCAACUACCUCUGUGCAAUAUCAUGUGACUCCUGAUGAUUGCUACAAGUCCUGUGUUUCAGUCAAAAAUUCAUGUAACAUCCUUAAUCUUCUUAUAAAAGAGGUCUUUGCACUUACAUUAAUCACCUCCUCCUUCCAAUACAAAAAAGAUCAAAAGCAAAGCUUGCAAACACACACAAAAAAACCUGUAAUACAAAUCUAAAGAAAUUAUCGGACAACAACACAAGCAUUAAUUUUUUUUUACAUGAAGCAUACAAAUCCAGCAAUUAUAUGAAAGGAUAGCAAUAUUAAGAUGAUAUUGGCAUUGGUGUAUCAGAUAUAAUCUUUUCUCAGCCUCCCAACACCACACUCUCUAGUCUUACUAUUUGUUGAUUGAUUUUUAAAGUGUAUAUCCUGCCCACUUUAUAAAAUAAUCCAAAUUGGCUGACAGUAUAUCUAUGAAAACUGUUAUUUUAUGGGUGAACAAACAGUCCAAGCUUCAACUAUUAGGGUCACCCACUGAUGUCUGCCAUGCAUAUAUGAUGUCAACAUUCCCUCUUCUACCAAGUUGUUAGAUGUGUGCUAGCUAUUAUUGUGUUCUGUUUUUAUUGCAUCUUGACAUUUUUAUUUUAUCCGUCCCCCCCAUUUCCCUAUAAUUUAGCAGCCGCAGGGAUCCCCAGUCUCCCAUCACAAUGCAAGAUGGAUUGCAGCCACAGAACCAGCCAUGAGGGAUAGUGCAUUUGCAGACGAGUAAGUUUCUUACCAUUACCUUCUCCUCUAAUUCCACAACUAUUACUUGGGCUACCAAACUCAAUGUCUAUAAGAACCAGUGACACGCUACUCAGACUGAAGAUCACUGACAUCCCAAAAUGCAACUUUUAAGAAGUUAAAGAGUAUUUGUAAAUAAGUAAAAGGGGAAAGAGUCCAAAGGCUGCUGGAAGAGCAUACUUUGCAUGCACAAGAUCCCAGACUGAAUCCACAACAUCCCAUACACGCUUACCUAGAAGGAAGUCCCAUUGAAUGCAAUGGGAUUUACUGCUGAGCAGGCACAUAUAGGAUUGCACUGUUAUUUUCUAUUUUCAUUAUAAGUUUUUUAUUCUGGUCCAGGAUUAAUUAAUCUGCUGUGCUGGUUUUUAAUGCUCAAAUGCUAUCAUAUGGUCUUCUUCUGCUUUGAUGUCUCAUAUGUCUUUAAAUUUAAGUGAUCAUUGCCUUGCAAGGACAAUGGGUCCUGAAAGGCAGGGUGGAAAAGCAUUAAAUAAACAGCAGGCGUCCAAAGAUUGUGCCUGAAAUAUCAGGGUUUUCUGUACUACAAACUUUUUUUUAAGGCAGUUUAAUCUAUAGUUUGGUGAAGGUGCAGAGAAUUCCAUUAGAGCAGCUUUCCCCAACCUGGUGUCCUCUAGGUAUCUUGGACUAUAGCUCCCAUCGGCCCCAUUUGGCAUGGUCUUGCUGGCUGGAGCUGAUAGAAGCUGUUGCCCAAAACAUCUGAACAAGAGAUGAUGCUUAGGAGGCUGCUCUCAUGGAUACAGUUAGAAUUGCAAAUAUAUAUAUAACAAAAUAGUAUUUUAACAAUAGAAGACAAAAAUGGUGGGGGGGGAAAGUUUUAAUAAAUCGUUUGACAAAAUGGUGAACACCAAAUAAAUAUUCUGAAGGAACUUGAAAUGUUGAAUCUGUUCCCACUUUCAACUGUAGGCACAGAAGGUCCUUGCAGAAAAAUACUGAAGAUGACAUAAGCCCAACUCAAGGAACGGAGGAGGCCUCUUUACCUCUAACGGGCAGCAUUUUGCAUGGAACACCAAGCCUCCUGCGGAAAAUAUGGAUGAAACAUAAAAAGAAGUCGGAAUAUUUGGGGGCCACAAACAGUGCCUUUGAGGCAGACUGA